UCCAAAUCGGCCGCGAGUCCACGGCGUGCGUCAUUGCGCAGCGGCGAGUCCAGCACACAGCGGUUAAUGGGAAUCCGCUGACAGAGCACAACCAGUUGUUUCUGCAAGCAUAUGCAUGCGCGGAUCAGCAGGUGCUUCUCUUCACCCAAACUGGAUGGAAGUCACGGUAAAAACCGCACCAAUCUGAGAGAUCAAUCAUCACGGCACGGACUCCCUUUUCCAGGAUGCACUGACAUUUGUGACAUGUUCACGGCGAACGGCACUUACAGAUAAACUCCACCUGGCGUCUCCACUCCUUUGGCAGCCAUGUCUUUCUCAGUAUCUGGAAGGACCGUGUUCACUAUCCUCCUCAUCAGCAGGUUGUUAGAGAGCUCGAUGCUCAACGCAGAAGUGAAGGAAGGAGAGAUUCUACCUCCUACCAUUCAGAGGCUGAUGAAAGGAUACAACAAGUACCUAAGGCCUUUCUUUGACAAUGGUCCUGUAACAGUGGGUAUGAGCCUGGAUAUCGCCAGCAUUGACACCAUCUCAGAGAUCAACAUGGACUACACCGCCACUAUUUUCCUCCGCCAGCGCUGGACGGACGAGCGCUUGGUGUUUGAGGGCAACAAGAGCCUGAGCCUCGACGGGCGGCUAGUGGAGCUGCUCUGGGUCCCUGACACCUUUAUCGUUGACUCCAAGAAGUCCUUCCUCCAUGACAUCACCGUGGAGAACCGGCUGAUUCGCAUCUUCCCCAACGGGACCGUCCUUUACGCGCUGAGGAUUACCACCACCGUGGCUUGCAACAUGGAUCUGACCAAGUAUCCCAUGGACAAGCAGACCUGCACGCUCCAACUGGAAAGCUGGGGUUACAACGUCAACGAUGUCAUGUUCUACUGGACCAGAGGGAAUGAGUCCGUCAGUGGUUUGGACACCCUACAGCUGGCUCAGUACACAGUAGAGGACCACUACACAUCUGUCUCAGAGGCCGUUUAUGAAACUGGCAAUUACCCAAAGCUAGUCUUCCACUUUGAGCUGAAGCGGAGCAUUCUGUACUUCAUCCUCGAGACUUACGUCCCCUCCAGCCUGCUGGUUGUCCUCUCAUGGGUUUCCUUCUGGAUUUCGCUGUCCUCUGUUCCAGCACGUAUUUGUAUAGGAGUGACCACCGUGCUGACCAUGACCACUCUGAUGAUGGGGGCCCGGACGUCACUGCCCAACGCCAACUGCUUCAUCAAGGCCAUUGAUGUGUACUUGGGAAUCUGCUUCAGCUUCAUCUUUGGAGCGCUCAUUGAGUACGCCGUGGCCCACUUCUGCACCCUCACUCACAUGGACUCCCACAUGGUCAUGUACUCCCACCACAUGCACGACUUUGACGAUGAAAUGAACGGCAUCAUCACCACCAUCUCCAAUCACAACAGGGCCAAGAGACGCAAGGAGGCUGCUGCAACCCCGGCCCCGAGUCCUGCCUCCCUAGAACUCACUGUCAGCCCGUCAAGCCCCUCGGGCAGCGAGCCUAGGCCCGAGGCAUCGCCCCCGAAGCACACACACUGGUGCCUCACCGCUCUGGCCACCGUCCGCAAAGUGCUCCGCUCCUUAACUUGCUGUCACAUAGAGAACCCCCACCACAUAGACAACUACUCCAGAGUCACCUUCCCCCUUUCUUUUGUGAUGGUUAACCUGCUCUACUGGAUAUAUUAUCUGUACUUUUAGCAUUCGCUCGAGUACAGCAUGUGUCCCAGAGAGUGUGAGACGGAGAGUACAUGUGGAAAAGUGUAUUUUACUGUACGUAUGUACAGUAAGUGUUAUAUAGGUGUGUUUUGAGAUGAGUGUGUAAAAUGUCUGCAUUUGGAUUCAAGGGCAAAGUAGCAUACUCGCAUAGGGUUGUUUUGCAGGAAAAGUAAGGCUUAUGAUUACAGCUUCAAUUUUUGCUACUUUAAAUUCAAUGUAGGCUGGUCUUGUUAAAAAUAUACCCAUCUGACACUGACUGGGUGAGAUUUGGUCAAUGCUGAUACACGUUGAGACGAAAGGAACAUUGCUUACAAAGG